CCGCUGGGUUCCCCUGCCCGCCGGCCCCGCCCCCGGGGCGCUCAACCCCGCCCCGGGCCCCGCUGUGACCCGCGGCUGCUUUCCCCCUCCCGCCCAUACGUCCCUGGCGGGGCGGAGCCGAGUCGUUGCUGCUGUUAUGGCGUCUGGGGUGCUGUUGGCGAAGGCUCAGCCGCUGCAGUGCUAAUAGAGAGGGAAGGAGCUGGGUGGCCGGAGGGCCGGGCAUGGAGAGCCUGGCGCAGCCCCCGCCGCUUCCGGGCUCGCUGAAUAGGGGCAGCGGGGGCGCUGCUAGCCAGCUCCUCCUGGAAGAGGCGACGGUAGGCAAGGGCGGCUACAGGGACGGGCUCGCGGCGGCUGAGGAGGGUGGCGGACAGCGCAGCUUUUCUCCUCCGCCGGCCCCCGCUCCCGCCGCGGCCCCUCGGACGGCGUCUCCCUCGCGGGCCGCCGAGGGCGGUGAGGCGGACGGCGCGGCGCUGGCGGCGCCGGCGAGCCCCGGAGCAGCGCCUACCUCGGAGAGUGCUCCCGCGGGGGCAGGCUCGGGAAGCAGCGGGGCUCUCAGCCCCCUGGGGGAGGAGUCCCGGAGCCUGGACUCACUGGAGUCGUUCUCCAACCUGCACUCCUGCUGCCCGAGCAGCUCCGAGCUAAACAGCGACGCCGAGGAGGUGGGGGCGGCGGGGGCCGCUUCGGGGGCCCCGGUCCCGGAGCCCGAAGGGGAUAGGCCCGCGGCGGGCUCCCAGCUCCUCUCCGCUUCCAAGGACCGCUUCCCGGGCCAGUCGGUCUAUCACAUCAAGUGGGUCCGCUGGAAGGAGGAGAACACGCCCGUCAUCACCCAGAACGAGAACGGACCCUGCCCGUUGCUGGCCAUCAUGAACGUGCUGCUGCUGGCUUGGAAGAUUAAGCUUCCACCAAUGAUGGAAAUCAUAACAGCUGAACAGCUGAUGGAAUACUUAGGAGACUAUAUUCUUGAUGCAAAACCAAAAGAGAUAUCUGAAAUUCAGCGUCUAAAUUAUGAGCAGAAUAUGAGUGAUGCAAUGGCAAUUCUACAUAAAUUACAGACGGGCCUGGAUGUCAAUGUGAAGUUUACAGGUGUACGAGUAUUUGAAUACACACCUGAAUGCAUAGUGUUUGAUCUUCUUGACAUCCCCUUGUACCAUGGAUGGUUAGUGGAUCCUCAGGUUGCUGACAUAGUAAAAGCAGUUGGUAACUGCAGUUACAAUCAGCUAGUGGAGAAGAUAAUUUCUUGUAAACAGUCUGACAACAGUGAACUGGUUAGUGAAGGAUUUGUAGCUGAGCAGUUUCUAAAUAAUACAGCUACGCAGCUGACAUACCAUGGACUGUGUGAGUUGACUUCAGCUGUCCAGGAGGGAGAGCUUUGUGUGUUCUUCAGGAACAACCAUUUUAGCACCAUGACCAAAUAUAAGGGUCAGCUUUACCUGCUGGUGACAGACCAGGGCUUUCUUACAGAAGAGAAAGUUGUCUGGGAAAGCUUACACAAUGUGGAUGGUGAUGGCAAUUUCUGUGAUUCUGAAUUCCACCUACGGCCUCCAUCAGACCCUGAAACUGUCUACAGAGGGCAGCAGGAUCAAAUAGAUCAAGAUUAUCUGAUGGCAUUGUCUCUACAACAAGAGCAGCAAAAUCCAGAGAUAAACUGGGAACAGAUUCCAGAAGGAAUCAGUGAUCUAGAGCUAGCAAAGAAGCUCCAGGAAGAGGAGGACAGGAGAGCUUCUCAAUACUAUCAGGAACAAGAACAAGCAGCUGCUCAGGUCCAGCAGGUGCAAGGUGCUGUUUCUCCAGCAAGCGGAAGACAAUCUGGGAGUAAUGAACGCAAACGUAAAGAGCCUCGAGAGAAAGAGAGAGAAAAAGAGAAGAAUAGCUGUGUUCUCUUGUAAUAGAAAAUGGUUUAGUCUGGAGUCAAGCGCGUGUCCUCAGAAGCAAAAAUGAGUAAAAAGGAAGACAAACCUGUUACAUGCCGCCUGUGCCUGAUACCCCAUGGAUUUUGUUCAUGUUUCAAGAGAGGAUGGGUGACUUUGUUACAAUCAUACAGACUUUCUUCGAAGUCAUAGUGCGUGCUGCCCAAGAUGGAAUUCCAAAUCACAGUUGGAUGCGGCUGUGCUUUGAGUUAGUCGUAAGAAAUACCGCACCAUGUAGCUGAACACACAAAUCAUGGCAAGUUUUGUGUCACAGUGACAUCCAUUACUCAUUACAUCAGUUAGUAAGCUAUUUUAUCUUCUACUCUAAACAAAGGAGGUAAUUUGUUUUGUGUAAGACUGUUUUCCUGGAGUCUGCACACUAGCACAGCAGAAUUCUGUAUUACUUACAUGGUAUGAAACUAUAUCUGAGGCUGGGUAUAGUCUUCACGAUACAAGCACCCAAAUACCAGCUGGGUACUGCCUCCUAAAUGUGUCCAGAUUUCUUUGCUUCUGGAUCUGGUAUGUGUGGUUUUUUGAACCCAGAUUUAUACUGUUACUGCUAUCAUUGUACCUCCUGGCCAGCUUUCUUGCCCCAAGAAUAUGUGACUUGAUAGGCAUCAUACAAAAAAAUUGUUGUAGAAAACGGGGCAUUUAUUAAUAAGCAAGAUGAAUAUUGUUUGCUUUUCUUGCUACUACGAACUGGGUAUGACAACUCAGAUGUUUUCAGGGUUAAACAAGUAAUUUUAUAGGUAACUUCUUUUUCGUUUAGUGUUUUUUCUCUUGUAGGUAAACUUGACCAGAUAAGUUAUUAUUUAUUGACCUCUCCAUAUGAUACGUGAAUGAUGAGAAGAAACUACAGUCUACAAUAAUCACUGUUCUAUGUAAGAAUGCAGAGUUAAAAUAACUAUCUGCCUUUUUUCUAGAAGUACCUUGAACUUUAACAUGACAUUAACAUGUCCACUUGUGUAUUUAAGCAAGUCUACUGUAGUUAAAAACAUACAUUUUUUUUUUUGUUUUGUUUUAUAAGCCAUGUAUCCUUAAAAAGCACACUACUGAAGGGUGAGAGGGAAGCUAGGCUGCUCUCUGAGAUUGUUUGGAAAGGUGGUCAGGUGUAAUAUUUUGUUUUUUAAAUCACUAAUUUAGAAUUUUUGGAAACCAGAUUUUUCUAAUUUAUGGGAACCAAAUAAACAUGUUGCAUCUUGUAGUGUUUAUAGAAUACAGAAACAGAAUACUUGCUGACUUUGAGGGAACCAAAAAUCUUCCACCACUUCCAUUAAGUCAAUAACACCUUCUUGCUGAACCUUUUUGAUAAAAAUUUCUACUUAGCAAUUUGUAGAUUCUUGUGAAAAAGGCUGCUUCUCCUGGACAAGUUAGUAUUCAUGGUCUAAGCCUGGGUAAGUGCAUUAGCAGACAAUAAUCUGGGAAAGAUAAGGCAGCCAGGUGGAAUAUGACAUUCCUGGUUUCAGGUGUUUGGAGAAUGUCUGUAAGAGAGAGGGUGUCUAAACACAAGUCCCUCAGUAGAAAGCUGCUUGAAAAUUAUUUCAAGCAGAGUUGCUGCAGCGGUGGGAACCAGUCAUCACACAAACCUGUUACAAACCUAGAAUGAAAAUUAGAUGGAUAAAGGAAGAACAUCUUAUUAACUAAAGGGCCAGUUUGUAUAAUUUUUUUUUCUUCCAUGCCUUUUCCUCUAUUGCUUUUUCCCCUUUUGUUGCAAUUUCCCUUUUAUAAUAAUGAAGUAAUAAAUGGUAGGAGGACUCCAAUACAUGAACUGUAAAUUUAAAAAUGUCUCUAUUCUUUAGGAAAGUCAUGACCAGAAAAGUACCUUUAAUAUUUAAUGUAUGCAGUUCAGAUAAUUUUCUAUGUCAAAGCAAAGGUUGAUGUCUCUUUUUCCUUUGCAGCAGCCUAACUUCUUCAAACACAUUAAUGUGAUGGAGGAUCACCAACAUAAUGACUUACCUACUUUAAGCAGAUCAGAAAAUGUUCCAAUAGUGUCAAUAACAGACUUUAAGCCAGAAUGUUGUUUGAAAACAUUAUAAGAAUUUUCCAAAUUUGUGUAUUUACAUUUAUUUAUUGAGCUUGAAAAAUAAAUAUGUCGAGCUAA